GCAGCGCUUGCUACUUGGGAGUGUCCUGGUGCCGGAGACACGGCUCGCUGAAGCAACAUGAAACGUGGGUGUGUUCAGUUGUUUUAAGGGGGGGGGAAAAAAAACAGCUUCCCAGCUGCACAGUGAGGAUUUAGUGGUGACUUUCCAGUUGCUUUGAAAAGUCAAAUAUUACAGUUUUUCGCCUGGGAAACGUCAAGACUUGGGCUAAUGUUUUUACCGCACGAGAAGAAAGACUAAAUGGAAAAAACCUCCAAGGAUUUCUGCACUUAAAAUAACUGACUGUCUUCAUCUGGAUCAUUUACACAGUUGUUAUUCAACCAAUAGUUGAAAUGUAGUUUGCAUAUGAACCGGAGCCAAUGGCUCUGAAAAAUGAAGACUCGGUGAACAAAGCCCAUUUAUAUAAAAAAAAUGGCUGGUAAACAAUCAGGUGUGCAGAAGAACUGGACUCUUCUGAAAGAGAAAGUCACCCCCCUCGAUGCAGACACAACAGAAGCCAACCUGGAAAAUGCUGAACCUGAGCUUUGCAUCCGCUUGCUGCAAGUCCCAACUGUUGUUAAUUACUCCGGGCUAAAGAAACGACUGGAAAAUAGCAGUAAUGACUGGAUGGUACAAUUUCUAGACCUCAAUGGGCUUGAUGUACUGCUCGAGGCCUUAGAUAGGCUCUCUGGCAGAGGUGUGGCAAAGAUCUUUGAUGCCCUCCUGCAGUUGACUUGUGUUAAAUGUGUACGAGCUGUGAUGAAUUCUUCAAGUGGCAUUGACUACAUCGUAACAAAUGAAGGCUACAUUCGAAAACUAUCCCAAGCUUUGGACACAGCCAAUAUCAUGGUAAAGAAACAAGUGUUUGAACUGUUAGCAGCACUAUCCAUCUACUCACCGAAAGGUCACCAUCUGGCCUUGGACGCGCUGGAACACUACAAGACUGCAAAAAGUCAACAGUAUCGAUUCAGCGUUAUCAUGAAUGAACUUCAGACCACAGAUAAUAUUCCAUAUAUGACAACACUCAUGAGUAUCAUCAACGCAAUCAUUUUGGGAGCUGAGGAACUGAUGUUGCGUGCAGAGCUUCGGAAUGAAUUCAUAGGUCUCCACCUGUUGGACUUACUGCCAUUACUAAGGGAAAAAGAUGAGGAGGAUCUGUUGGUCCAAUGUCUCACGUUUGAGGAAGCUAAAGAAGAUGAUGAUGAAGAAUUAAUGAGACUCUAUGGUGGUAUUGAUAUGACCAGUCACCAGGCAGUAUUUACAGCAUUGUUUAAUAAGGUGAGCACCUCACCAGUGUCUACUCAGCUGCUGUCAAUUCUGCAGGGGCUUCUGCAGCUGGAGCCAUCUAACAGUGCCCUGCUCUGGGAAGCAUUGGAAAUCUUGGUGAAUAGAGCCAUUCUAAUCGCUGAUGACACAAAUGAAGAAAAGGAUGUUGGCCCUAUUAUGGAAAAACUUGUAGUUAAGAAAUUAGGAAAAGAUCAGUUGGUGAGACAAAAUGCUAAUAAAAAAGCCGUUGAUAGAGGUAUACAGACAGAAAUGUCUGAGCCCAUGACAUCAACUGCCAUAAACUCAUCAGAUCCAGCCACCCUUCCAGCUAACCAGAUACCUCCUCAGCCCUGCACACCACUUGCACCUCCUCUUCCAGGCACUACCAGUGAACUUCCACCGGCCCUACCUCUCCCUGGUGCUGGUGGUGUCCCUCCUCCCCCUCCUCCCCCACCUCCCCCACCUCUCCCUGGUGCUGGUGGUGUCCCUCCUCCUCCUCCUCCCCCACCUCUCCCUGGUGCUGGUGGUGUCCCUCCUCCCCCUCCUCCUCCCCUACCCCCAUCCCUCCCUGGUGCUGGUGGUGUCCCUCCUCCUCCCCCUCCCCCACCUCUUCCUGGUGCUGGUGGACCACCACCCCCUCCCCCACCCCCGCCUCUCCCUGGUGCCAGUGGACCACCAUGCCCUCCCCCACCCCCACCUCUUCCUGGUACUGGCGGUCCCCCUCCCCCUCCCCCACCCCCACCUUUUCUUGGUGGCAUUCCUCCACCACCAGGGGCAUUUAUUCCUGAUGCGCCCAUCGUGCCACUCCAAGCUGGCAAUCUGUUAGGUUCAUAUGCUCCACCUAAGCGACAAGUUCACCGCCCAACAUUACGGAUGAAAAAGCUGAACUGGCAGAAAAUCCCUUCAAGGAUGGCUUCAGAGAGAAAUUCCUUAUGGUCAUCCAUCCCAAAAAAUAGUGAAGAACAUUUCGAUCUUGAUUAUGCCAGUAUUGAGCAACUCUUCAGUUUUCCAGUGUCAGAACCAAAACAGAAAGAACAAACUGUUUGCAAAAAGGAGCAGAAAGAGAUCACAUUUCUAGACUCCAGGAAAAGCCUUAACUUAAACAUAUUUUUAAAGCAGUUCAAAUGUUCUGAUGAAGAAGUGACAGACAUGAUCAGGCAAGGGGACCGAUCUAAAUUCGAUGUAGAGAAUCUAAAGCAACUCCAGAAACUAAUGCCAGAGAAUCAUGAAAUAGAAAACAUAAAGGCUUACAGUGGAGAAAAAGAAAAAUUAGCAAGUGCUGAUCACUUCUACCUUCUUCUCCUUGAUAUUCCUUGCUACCAGCUGAGGAUUGAUUGCAUGUUACUGUGUGAAGAGGCUACUGUUACCCUUCAGCUGCUCCAACCAAAAGCAGAACUAAUUAAAACUGCUUGUCAAGAUCUUCGUUCUGCCAAGAGACUACCCCUCUUCUGUGACUUGAUUCUUAAAAUUGGAAACUUCCUUAACUAUGGCAGUCACACAGGAAAUGCAGAUGGAUUUAAAAUCAACACUCUACUAAAACUAACUGAAACAAAAGCAAACCGAUCGAGGAUUACAUUGCUCCAUCAUACAAUAGAGGAGAUUGAAAAGUCCCACCCAGAUCUUCUGCAUCUUCCUGAAGACCUAAAAAAUAUUUCGAAAGCAGGAGGCCUGAGCGUGGAUUCGCUUCAAUCAGAUACAGUCAACGUCUUAGAGCGCCUCAAGAUGAUUGGUAGUAAAGUCAAGUCAUCAGCAGAUGAUAUAAAAUUACUGUUUGAUAAACCUAUCCAGGAAAGUUUGUCUGAAACAAUUAAACUGAAGGAACUUCUGGAAGAUGUUGAGGCAGAGAGAAAGAAACUGGCCGAGUACUUCUGUGAUGAUAUUAGUAAAUUGUCACUAGAGGAACUAUUUCUAACCAUCAGAACUUUCAGAGAUUGUUUCCUUAAGGCCAUGAAGGAAAAUAAGCUCAGAAAAGAGCAGAUUGCAAAAGCAGAGAAGAGAAAACAAAAGCUUCAAGAAGAAGAAGAAGCUAAAAGACAAAAAGGAGAAAAUGGACAAGUUAUUCAUAAAUCAUCAAUAAAACAAGAGGAGGGAUGUAUUAUUGAUGCUCUUCUGUCAGACAUAAGGAAGGGUUUUCAGUUGAAGAAGACUGCCAGGAGCAGGUGCGAAACUUUGUCUGCUCCAAAACGUUCUAAUACUGAGACACAUAAGAUGAAAAUAUCACUGGACCAAAGUGCCCCUUCUGCAGAAGACAAAGGAAAAGCAGUGACUCCUCAAUCUACAACUGUAUCGCAAGUUUCACAUGGUAUUUCUGAUCCCAAGGUGGAAGUUGACACCCAGCAACCACCUGCUGAAGAGGUGCCUGCUCAAAAUGAUGUGGUGCAAGAUACUAUGCAGCAGCUGUCUGCUGAUCAAGUGUCCAACUCUGAAAAAAAUGAGACUGAAACUCUGUUAGGACAAGAGGCUGUGACUGAUCAAAAUACAAGUGAAGUAAAUAAAGAAAAUAUUUGCAAAGAAAACUCCAAACCUAAUUGUGAAAAAGGUCAUGAACAGUUGAAACAAAGUCACACUGAAGAUAAGGUCAAUACAACCGAUAAAGAGGAAGAAAAUUACCCUAUUAAUGCUACUGUAGAUGGGAAUCUACCUAAUGUUGUUAAUGAAAUAAACUCCCUAAAUAAAGAUGUUGUUAAGCAUGUUGACCCUGCACCUAGUGUGCCUGACUCAAGUACGAGUGUGGCCACUGCAAUGACAGUAUCACAAAAUGUGGACCAAAGCAUACCUGACACCAAUAUGUCACAUUCAAAAUCAAAAGCCCAGCACACUGAUCAUACAUCACCUUCAAAAACACGUUCUUCCAGAUCUGCUUCAUGUUCAUCUUUACCAAAGUCAUCCACCAGAAACUCUCUAGAUGAGAAAAGCAAAAAAAUCAAAGGUGAGCGUUCUGAAAAUAGGAGCAAUAAACCAAAAAAAGCCUGUAUAUUGCACUGAGAAGAACUGAAGAAAAUGAAAAAGACAUGAAACUAAUUCACAGCUGACUCUACUGCAAGACUGUAUCUAAAACAAAAUAAUGAAUCUGUUUAGAUAGACUACGAUGGAUGAUUUUAAAAGCAUAGUGAAAGCUUUUAAUAGAGAUUAAGGUAUUCAAUAUUACUGAAUAUGUCAUUUCUUCAGAAGUUAUUUUAAUUUAUGAUUAAAUUAGCAUUUCUUUUGUUACAUCUCAUCUAAAGUAGACAAAAACACUUUUCAGAUACUUCCAAAAACCUGUAAAUUGAAUAUAAUUAAAAGAAAAGAUCUCAACUGAGUUGUGAUGACGUAGACGCUUCAAAUUCAAUUAGUGUCCUGUUAUUGCCGAUGAGUGAUAAUUUCUAUGUGCAAAUUGCCAUAUUCUAUUAUAGUCCUUGACAAAAGAAGCGACAGAUACUUAACACAUAAUAUAAAUGCAACUUGGAGCUAAAAUCGUAGCGACCAGUGUGAAUUUGCCAGGAAGGUAGAGUUCAUCUAGGGCUUGGUGCACGAUUUAUUGUCCAUAGGUUUGGGUUUGUCAUAAAGCUAAAGCUGCUGCACGGUUGCAAAAGGCUUCUAAUGUAAAUGUAUAAAACAGGACAUAAAAGUAUGUUUUAUUGCCUGAAUGCAUACUGGAAUCUAAAAUAUGACAGUGAUCUAACUGCUGAAAGCAUAGGUCAUAUUGCCAGCUGUAUUUAAUAUUCUGCAAUUCUUGCUUUUUUAGCAAAGUAAAGAUUACAUAAAAAAGACAGUCGAGUAUUCAGUUAUAUGCAGGCAAAUGUGCUACACAGGCAAACAAUUUGUGAAUGCUUUGAAAACAAAAAUAAGUGUACAAUCUUAAUUUAGUUACUGUUUAUUCUGAAUCUCAUUUUGAAAUUUCAAGUAUUAAAGGUUGACAUUAAUGAUCAAUUGAAAAGAUUUUUGUUUGUUUUUAAGCAACUAUGUUAUUCUCUAAGCAUAAAAUUUCCUAUUAUUUUAGUAGGGCAUUUUUCUUGAGUUUCUCCUCCAGUUUCAUAUCGCUGUUCAUGUUCUUUUCGGAUCAACAAAAUGAUGUUGACACAUGACUUUGUAAAAGAAGCCUUUAAAAUGGUAACUAGUUGCAGAUUAGAAUAUUUGUAUUCAUUGUUAAUGGGCAUAAGAUAAAAUGUAAUAAGAGUAAGGUCAUAUUGUACCAACAAAUAAACAUUUUGUUAAAUAUUUAUGAAACUCUUUACACUAGUACCAUGUACAUUUUUAUACUGUAUAUCUAAGAUGUAACAGCUGUCCUGUAAGAAAAAAGAACAAAACUUUAUAACAGAUAACUUGUGUGCCUACAAUAAAAGUAUUAACAAAAUGCAAAUAUAACUCCUAACAAAGUUAUUAAUUUCAUUUCAGCACAUGAACUUUGUAACUUGCUAACUUGUUCCAAAACUUGAAAAUUCCCCUGAAUGUUAAAGUCAACAAAAGUUGAAUGUAAAUUUGCAGAAUAUAACUUGUGACAAAAUUUAAAUUGACAGCAUCAAAAUAAUUUCCAAUUGAAAUGAUUUAAUGUAAGGAGACUACUUCCUAAAUGUAUGUUUUCAGUCUGAGACAUGCAGUUUUGAAAAUAACAACUUAUUAAAUGAAGAUAUUGUGAUUGAAGAUAUUCAUAUUUAGUAGAAAUGUUAACUUUUUAUACAGCUGAUUUUAUUAAUUGCCUUUAAUGUAUAAGUCAUCGGACAUAAGAGUUCAUUUAGGAGGUUAGUUUUUGUUUGGCAUUUAAGUGCAGAGCAGAACUCAUUGAAAAGGAAUGUCACACAUUCAGACC